ACUUCGACUCGCCCAGACAGCUUGUAAACAUCUCAUCCAUCCCCUUUCUUUCCUUUCGUCCCCCCUCUGUCAGUCGAAGGGCAGUCAGGAUGUCGUCUAUCUCCAGAUCCAUCAACCUCCUCUUGCGGAGCAGCAGGUCUUCUCUGCUGCGGCCUCGUGCCGUCAACCCCAUUCACCAUGUCUUCGCAAACGAGAGACUGGCUGCCCGGGGUUUCGCGACCGCCUUCGAGCGGACGAAGCCUCACGUUAACAUUGGUACCAUUGGUCACGUCGACCACGGAAAGACCACUUUGACUGCCGCUAUCACCAAGCGUCAGGCCGAGAAGGGCUUUGCCAACUUCCUAGAAUAUGGUGCUAUUGACAAGGCUCCCGAGGAGCGAAAGCGUGGUAUCACCAUCUCCACCGCCCACAUCGAGUAUGAGACCGCCGACCGACACUACGCUCACGUCGACUGUCCUGGUCACGCCGAUUACAUUAAGAACAUGAUCACUGGUGCUGCCAACAUGGACGGUGCUAUUGUCGUCGUUGCUGCCUCUGAUGGUCAGAUGCCCCAGACCCGUGAGCACCUGCUGCUCGCUCGUCAGGUCGGUGUCCAGAAGAUCGUCGUCUUCGUCAACAAGGUCGAUGCUGUCGAGGACAAGGAGAUGCUGGAGCUCGUUGAGCUGGAAAUGCGCGAGCUCCUGAGCAGCUACGGAUUCGAGGGCGAGGAGACUCCCAUCGUCUUCGGUUCCGCUCUCUGCGCCCUCGAGGGCCGUCAGCCCGAGCUUGGUGAGACCAAGAUUGACGAGCUCCUCCAGGCCGUCGACACCUGGAUUCCCACCCCCCAGCGCGAUCUCGACAAGCCCUUCCUCAUGUCCGUUGAGGAGGUCUUCUCCAUCUCUGGACGCGGUACCGUCGCUUCCGGCCGUGUCGAGCGUGGUAUCCUGAAGAAGGAUUCCGAGGUUGAGAUCAUUGGUGGCUCCCUUACCCCCAUCAAGACCAAGGUCACCGACAUUGAGACUUUCAAGAAGUCCUGCGACGAGUCUCGCGCUGGUGACAACUCCGGUCUUCUGCUGCGUGGUGUCAAGCGUGAGGAUGUCCGCCGUGGAAUGGUUAUCGCUGUCCCUGGAAGCACCAAGGCCCACGACAAGUUCUUGGUCUCCAUGUACGUUCUGACUGAGGCUGAGGGUGGUCGCCGUACUGGUUUCGGUGCCAACUACCGUCCCCAGGUCUUUAUUCGCACUGCUGAUGAGGCUGCCGAUCUCAGCUGGCCUGGCGAUGACCAGUCCAAGCAGGUCAUGCCUGGUGACAACGUCGAGAUGGUUCUGAAGACUCACCACCCCGUCGCCGCCGAAGCUGGUCAGCGCUUCAACAUCCGUGAGGGUGGUCGUACCGUGGCCACUGGUCUUAUCACCCGUGUCAUGACCGACUAAGCGACUGUUAUUAUAGGCGAGUCGAAUGACUGGCUGCUCUGUAUGAUCGAUCUCUUUUUGUUCGCACGUUCUUGCAAAGCACGGGAAUCGCACGGGACUGCAGGAGAAACGGGAAAUGUCGGGACGGUGCUAAUGAGCCGGAGUUUUUCGUUUCAGCCUUGUACAUUGUACCACCACCUUUGUUCCAGAUGUAGUAGAUCACUGGCAUCUCUUCCGCCCACUCUCCACUUCAGAAUGUGUGUUUGAAAUACGACCAAUAUAAAAACUAUUUACUUCAUAACUUAAAAU